AUGAGGAGGAACUGCAACUUAGAACUCUGCCUUUUUCCUCAAUAUGGUUCUGAUAACGAUCACAACAAUCACAUGGUUGAAGAAGAAAAAGAUAGUGAUCGGAUGAGUUCAAUGCAAAAUCUGCAACAACCAUUGACUAUUUUCUACGAUGGCAAGAUGUGUGUUACUCAUGUCACUGAGCUUCAGGCCAAAUCAAUCUUAAUGAUGGCAAACAAAAAAGUGCAAGAAACAGUGAAGACUCCAAUAGGUUCAGAGGCAUCAACACCAAUAAUGGUACAAUCUCCUCAUCAAUUGUGUAGCCCUGGUCCUGGUCUUUCAAUGAAAAGAUCUUUGCAACGGUUUCUUCAGAAGAGAAAAUAUAGGAUUCAACAAGCUUCUCCAUACAAUCAUUAG